GUCGUCGUCGUCUUCGUCUUCGUCGUCUACGGCGUCGCGGACGAGGGAGAUGAGCACGGCCAGUGCUCGUCAGCAACACUCGCGCCAGCCGUCGACCGACAGCGUAGCGACCACUGUCUCGACCUCGUCGACGUCGAGCAAGACGCAUCGCCGCAACGCGUCGUCGUCGACGGUGUCGGAUUACGAGCGCAAGAAGGCGCUCAAGAAUCUCGAGACAAGUCCGACGGAUCAGGAUCGACUGGGUCCGCGGUUCGCCAACGACGACAAGGAGACUAAGAAGAAAUCGCGGUUCAAGAAGAUGCUCUCGUUCAUUGCGCCGCAGCAGCAGUCGUCGACGACAGCCCCCGUCUACGGACCUCCUACGCCGGUGUCGUAUAUUGUCACUUCUACUUCUACAUCUCCCGUGAGCACGAAGAGCAUGAAUUCUUCGAUUCCGGCUCCGUCGCGAACGUCAUCACACGACAGCCGCCGCUCGAGUCGCGCGGUGGAUUCAGUCGACGUGAUGGAGUAUAACUUUUUGAACGAGUCAAUCUACAAAAAGCAGGCGACGGCGGGAAGCCAGCAAGAAGCCGAGGACGACGACGACAACACGUCGAUCCGGUCGACGGCCUCGUCGGUGUCGAAAGCGCUGCGGCGGUUCUCGACCGGGCUCUCGUCGCGGCGGCCGUCGAAGGUGUCGAGCAUGUCGAGCUUGAAUAACGGGUCGUCGUCAAACUCGAGCUCGACGGCUAGUAGUGUGCGGGAUAGCGUUGUGAUUGCGGACGAAGGCGAGGAUGACGAUGACGCGUCGCAGUAUGAGACUGUGCGGAUGUAUGAGCCUGUGAAGAAUCCUGCUGUUAUUCCAAAGAGUAUUUUGAAGAGUAUGUGUGUGUGUUUGUUCAGAUUCGGAAUGCGCUGCUAAUAUCUUAUUAUGUAUAGAUCCCCAUCAAGGACAGCAGGUA